AGAUAAUAGACGCAAUAAUAUAAUAAUAUAAUAUACCCAUAGAUAAUAGACGCAAUAAUAUAAUAAUAUAAUAUACCCAUAGAUAAUAGACGCAAUAAUAUAAUAAUAAAAUAUACCCAUAGAUAAUAGACGCAAUAAUAUAAUAAUAUAAUAUACCCAUAGAUAAUAGACGCAAUAGCUAAGAUUAGAUUUUAUUAUUUAAAAAAAUAUGUUUGAUGAUGUCUUUACGAUUCGGAGUAAAGUUAAGUUACAAAUUAAAAACUUUAAGGGUUUGUUCUAACGCUAUGACUAUGUGGCUAGACUAAAUAGUGACUAAUAAUGGUGAAAUUAGCAUAACGGGAUAUUGAACUAAAAGUUUUAGCAUAUAAAGAUAAAAGAUGAACAAUGUAUUUUCAAAGUUGAGUAGAUACCAAAAAAAAAACUAGCAGAAAAAUCGAUUUACUUAAAUGUCUUAGAUUUUUACCUAUAUGUGUUUAUGUAACUGUUUCUGUAUCUGUUUCUGUUUCUGUAUCUGUUUCUGUAUCUGUAUCUGUUUAUGUACUGUAUCUGUAUCUGUUUAUGUAUCUGUUUAUGUAUCUGUUUCUGUAUCUGUAUCUGUCUCUGUUUCUGUUGCUGUUUCUGUAUCUGUUUAUGUAUCUGUAUCUGUUUAUGUAUCUGUAUCUGUAUUUGUUUCUGUAUCUGUAUCUGUUUAUGUAUCUGUAUCUGUAUCUGUUUAUGUAUCUGUAUCUGUAUUUGUUUCUGUAUCUGUAUCUGUUUCUGUUGCUGUUUCUGUCUAUGUAUCUGUUUAUGUAUCUGUAUCUGUCUCUGUUUCUGUAUCUGUAUCUGUAUCUGUUUAUGUAUCUGUAUCUGUAUUUGUUUCUGUAUCUGUAUCUGUUUAUGUAUCUGUAUCUGUUUAUGUAUCUGUAUCUGUAUUUGUUUCUGUAUCUGUAUUUGUUUCUGUAUCUGUAUCUGUUGCUGUUUCUGUUGCUGUUUCUGUAUCUGUAUCUGUUUAUGUAUCAGUAUCUGUCUCUGUUUCUGUAUCUGUUUCUGUAUCUGUUUCUGUUGCUGUUUCUGUAUCUGUUUAUGUAUCUGUAUCUGUUUCUGUAUCUGUAUCUGUUUAUGUAUCUGUAUCUGUAUUUGUUUCUGUAUAUGUUUCUGUUGCUGUUUCUGUAUCUGUUUAUGUAUCUGUCUCUGUUUCUGUAUCUGUUUAUGUAUCUGUAUCUGUAUCUGUUUAUGUAUCUGUAUCUGUAUUUGUUUCUGUAUCUGUAUCUGUAUUUGUUUCUGUAUCUGUAUCUGUUUAUGUAUCUGUAUCUGUAUCUGUUUAUGUAUCUGUAUCUGUAUUUGUUUCUGUUGCUGUUUAUGUAUCUGUAUUUGUUUCUGUAUCUGUAUUUGUUUCUGUAUCUGUAUCUGUUUCUGUAUCUGUUUCUGUUUCUGUAUCUGUUUAUGUAGCUGUUUCUGUAUCUGUUUCUGUUUCUGUAUCUGUUUCUGUUUCUGUUUAUGCAUCUGUUUCUGUUUAUGUAUCUGUUUAUGUAUCUGUUUCUGUUGCUGUUUCUGUAUUUGUAUCUGUUUCUGUAUCUGUUUCUGUAUCUGUUUCUGUAUCUGUUUCUGUAUCUGUUUCUGUAUCUGUUUCUGUUUCUGUAUCUGUUUCUGUAUCUGUUUCUGUAUCUGUUUCUGUAUCUGUUUCUGUUUCUGUAUCUGUAUCUGUUUCUGUUGCUGUUUCUGUAUCUGUUUCUGUUUCUGUUUCUGUGUAUGUAUCUGUUUCUGUAUCUGUUUCUGUUUAUGUAUCUAUAUCUGUUUCUGUUUCUGUAUCUGUUUAUGUAUCUGUUUAUGUAUCUGUUUCUGUUUAUGUUUCUGUAUCUGUUUCUGUUUAUGUAUCUGUAUCUGUAUCUGUUUCUGUAUCUGUUUCUGUAUCUGUUUCUGUAUCUGUAUCUGUUUGCCAAAACAUUGUUUUUGUUACAGUUAGGGAUAUAUUUAAGGGGAGGCCACUGCCAGUCAUCCAUGAUAGCACGUUGUCAAAAUUGAGAUAAAUAAAAUAUCAAAAUUUUUGAUGGUUUAGAAACUUUUUAAAAAUAAUUUUCUUCUAGCUUUUUAUUUUUUAAGGCAGGGGGUCAUUUUUACUCCUUGGUUCUUAAGGUUAGAAACUCUGUCGUGGUUAAAAAUUAUCCUCUUGUAGCGUGAUCGUAAUAUAUUGGCGUAGUGUACAUCAAACCAGGCCUUACUCUUCACAUUCUCAAAACGCAUCUUUUUUUUUUUUCUAAAAUAUACAUAUUAAAUUUUUUUUUAGAAUAGGAAAAUGAGAUAAAAUCUACUAGUUCUCUAUUGAUUUCUACAAAAAUAUGACAUUCUUUUAGAUAUAAAUAUUAUUAAUUAUUGGAAUUUUUUCAAAGCAUUUGAAAAGGUGUAAGGGCCUCCACAAAAAUUUGCCACGGGACCUCCAAUUACUUAGAUCCGGCCCUGAUUAUAGUAGUAAUGCUAAUGACAAUUGUGAUCAAAAGAAAUUUUCAUUUGUUUAAACCAAUACAUUUGUCUGUUCUGAUAUCGUCGUAAAAGUGUUUUAGGAGGGCAGGUGUCAGGCUGACUUGGCUAAAAUUCCUAAUUGUGCUAUUUGUAUUUGAAACCUAACUAUAACAAGAAGGUGUUACCCUAAGAGUCCAAAGUAUAAGGAGUGUAAUAUAGAACAGAUAGACUUAGCAUUGCAGUACCGACUAUACUGUAUGCCAUGUAAAGCCAAUGCCACAUGUUAAAGCAUGUUUUAGUUCAAAAGUUCUAAUACUGAUCACCAACUGACGUCGGACUGUAUCUGCGUCAGAUAAUGUGAAUCAUUACCAAGACUUUACUUGUAAUACUUCUUUUACAUUUCGCUUCAAAGACAAACACUUGCGAUGUUAGUGUCUCAUUGUGGUCUCAGCCACAUUUAUAAUAAUUUUUUGUUAUGGGCUUGAAAAACUUGACAUAGUCUUAACAAAAUGUUUGAAAGUAUUUAAUGGUAAAAUAUUGA